AGGAGUCCUCCGCGCUCGACCGCGCUCAUAAGAGAAACAGCGUGUGUGGUUCUUGACGUGCCGCGAACCUUCGAACACAAGUGCCAUAGUACCCUGUGAAGAAGCGUUCCAGCGACUCUCCUAUUCCCGCUAUCGCAGUCACCAGCGCGACGUGCUGUUUCGCCCUAGACUCGAUGUCCUUCACAGGCCCAUUCCAUGGCCCUCGUUUCUGCUGAUUCCCGAAUUGCAGAGCUUCUCACAGAGCUCCAUCAGCUGAUCAAGCAAACCCAGGAAGAGCGUUCGAGGAGUGAGCACAACUUGGUGAACAUCCAGAAAACCCACGAGCGGAUGCAGACUGAGAACAAGAUUUCUCCUUAUUACCGGACAAAGCUGCGUGGCCUCUACACAACCGCCAAGGCCGAUGCAGAGGCUGAGUGCAACAUCCUCCGCAAAGCACUGGAUAAGAUAGCUGAGAUCAAGUCUCUGUUGGAAGAGAGGCGGAUUGCGGCCAAGAUCGCAGGUCUCUACAAUGAUUCGGAGCCUCCACGGAAGACCAUGCGCAGAGGGGUCCUGAUGACACUGCUGCAGCAGUCGGCCAUGACCCUGCCCCUCUGGAUCGGGAAGCCUGGUGACAAGCCCCCACCCCUCUGUGGAGCCAUUCCAGCCUCAGGGGACUAUGUGGCCAAACCUGGAGACAAGGUGGCUGCUAGAGUGAAGGCUGUGGACGGGGACGAGCAGUGGAUCCUGGCUGAAGUAGUCAGUUACAGCCACGCUACCAACAAGUAUGAGGUAGACGACAUUGAUGAAGAAGGCAAAGAGAGACACACCCUGAGUCGGCGGCGCAUCAUCCCACUGCCCCAGUGGAAAGCUAACCCUGAGACAGACCCUGAGGCCUUGUUUCAGAAGGAGCAGCUGGUGCUAGCCCUAUAUCCCCAGACCACCUGCUUCUACCGUGCCCUGAUCCACACCCCCCCACAGCGGCCUCAGGAUGACUACUCAGUCCUGUUUGAAGACACCUCCUAUGCAGAUGGCUACUCCCCUCCUCUCAAUGUGGCCCAGAGACCCUCUUGCCCUCCUCUGUCAGACACAUGGGAUUGAUGGCCGCAGGAGGGAGAAGGCCCAGUCAUUUAUUCUUUCAGCUUAAACUUAUCUCAAUAGGCUUCCACUUGGCUGACAGACGCAUCUAAGCAUCAGCUGCUGACUACAACCUGCUCUGAACAGUGGCGAGCCCUAAACUUCCUAAAAGCUGAUGUGGACCAGUCCAGCUGAUAUGGACACCCCCUGUCCCUUCAACAAAGUCUGAUGA